GAAGAAAUCCCACUAAAUCAUGACAUCUUUCCUUUUCCAGGUUUUAUAUAUCCAGUUUGGCCUUGUAAACAUUGACUCACGGUGUUUGACGACUUCUUCAUGUUCGCACGCGUCCAGUUAAGCCGAUGUCGGCGUCACUGACAGAAGAGGGUUUAGACCCGGCUCUGGUGAUAUCGACGGUGGAGGAACAGAUUAUAGAGGACCAGCAAGCAGCAAAGGAAAUCAUCCUGUGUCCAGAAAUACAGUUUGUCCAGCAGAAAUCACAGCCUGCCAAGGAGAAGGAUAUUGUAAUUUUUCCCAAGUCACGGCAGUACUACGCUAAAAUGUCAUUGGUUGAUCUGGGAAAGCGUCUUCUGGAGGCGGCAAAGCGAGGGGAAACGGACGACGUCCGCACGCUGAUGUCUAACGGGGCUCCCUUCACCACAGACUGGCUGGGCACCUCCCCUUUACAUUUUGCCUCUCAGUACGGACACAUUGAGACAGCUGAGGUCUUACUACGAGCGGGAAUCAGCCGGGACGCCAGAACUAAGGUAGACAGGACGCCCCUACACGUUGCGUCACAGGAGGGCCACUCGGAUAUCGUGGAACUCCUGGUACAGCACGCUGCUGACGUCGACGCCAAAGACAUGUUAAAGAUGACUCCUCUACACUGGGCCACAGAGAAAGGACACGCCCACGUGAUGGAGGCCCUGAUAAAGCAUGGAGCUGAUACGACAUGUGAAAACAAGUUUGAUAGGACCCCUCUAGACAUCGCUAUAGCCAAUGGGAGAGCAGAUCUGGUACAGAUUCUUCAGCUUGCCCAGCAUACUCAUAUUGGGAGCAUGGGUGAUGAUGAAACGGUUACCAUAGAAACCACAGAGGUGGAUCCAGAAAAUGUAGAAGAAACGGUUACUGUGUCCUCAGACUUAGAUGGAGUCAAGCAAGAUGGACAGGACCAGACAAACUCCUCAGUACUGGCCACCCUAGCAGCUCUAGCUGAAGCCACCGCCCCCAGCAGUAGUGCUCAGGUGACGACUGCCAACACAGACGCCAUGUCCUGGUUAGAGAGUCAGGGAAUCACAAUGAUAACCACGACAGAGGGAGGAAUUAUCUCCUCAGCGAUGGAGAGCGGGCAGUCUAUAGCACUGACAGAAGCUGGAAAGAUUGCAUUGACCAACAUAAUCAAACAACAGGGCCUGUCAGCUGGAACUCUUAUUACCCAGGAUGCAGUGCUAUCUGAUGACGCCAUAGUGACAGAUGACACAGUGGUGACUCAGGAGUCGGCUAUCUUAGGCCCCGGGGAGGUGAUGGAGGGGGAUGUAGAACAGGGACUGGUGGAAGGGGAGGAAAAUCAGAAGGUGAUCACGAUUGUUGCUGCUCCUGACCUUGACCCAGAUCAGGAGGGACUUGGAGAGGUCAUGACCUCAGAGGGCAUGGUGAUGGGGUCGGGGGAUGCUACUGAUGAACAGCUAGAAGAACCUCCUAUGAAGAAAUUGAAGCCUGAAUCAAUAGAAGAAACAGAUACAAGUAUAUACACAAACCCAAUAGAGAAGGACACGGAGGAGGGAGAUGACCUUGACAAGGAGACCCUUCGUCGUCAGUUGGAGGAGAUGCAGCGCCAGGCGGAGACGUACAAACUACAGCUACAGCAGAAAGAGGAGGAGGCUGCCGCCUACAAAAAGAAACUGGACGAGAGCAUCAUCACAGAGGUCACCGAGGAAACGUAGGGGUCAGGGGUCAAGGUUAUGUUUGUUAACUCAAGGACGUUUGUCAGAAGAAUUACGUGUUUGUGCUGAAUAGUGUUGCUGUGUGUGAUCAGCUAAGGAUAGGAAAUGUUUUACUAUAAUAGUAAACUAAGUUUUGUGAAACACUGAAACUUGUUUAUGAUGUGAAUUAGCCAUGCAUGAAUAUGAAGUAAAAUUGACCACAUUUGUAAAAAGUUACAAAGAAACAUGUAGAUCCAAUAAUUUGAAAUUUGAAAAAGAAAAACAAUUAAUAAUUGUCCCUUUCUGAAAAGAAAAAAAAAUCAAGUAUUGGUUACUCCUGGAAAACUAAAAUUUUUAGUGGUGAGAUUUAUAUGUUCGUCCACUGAACUGAAAUUUUCUCUCAACUGUGUGUUCAAAAUGAAUAAGAACAGAAUUGAUCUCAUUGUACCAAUUGAAUCAGAAUUAUUACAAAUAGUGGAAAGUGUUGCUUUUAAUGAUGAGUGAAAAUUGAUUGUAGAGUGGAACUGAGUUGUAUAGAAGAUUUUCUGACAUCAGCUGACAUUACUUUUUCAUUUGUACAUUUACCAUUGUUUCUUAUUACAUCAUGUUUUCAUUGGAAAUGACAUACAUUUUAUACUUUUAAUGUGUCAAUAUUUUAAAUUCUUCCUCUACAUUGUCAGUCUAUUAUUUUUGAUUUGACAAUAAAUCACAGAGUUUAAUUUU